CCGUUGCACCACCGCUCCCCAUUAGACGCAUGUAUAUACACACGCGCCAGCUUACGCACAGGAAGAGCACUGCAUGUGCGUGCAUUCAUUUCCCCUUCCUCCGUCGCAACAGCAGCAGUAGAUGUGGCCAUUUGAUUAUUUCAAAAUUGUCCGGACUGACUCACUGCGUCCGCGAGAGACCCGAGUCAGUGCCCGGGUUCCAGCAGCGCGCAUUCACGGGAGAGGAUUGUAACCGUUAAUGGAUUUGAUCAUAGCUCAUUGAUUACAAUUAUAACCGUUAUUAUAUACGAUUGUAGCCGUAAUUCGAUGUGAUUGUAACUGUGGUUGGAAGUGAGUAUAAUGCAUGUGUGGCUUAUUUUAAUUGAAUUCGCCGCAUCCUGAACGCACGUUUAUUGUAUGUCUGUUGAACUUAUUUCGUGCCUUACGUAGCCCACCGUGAUAAUCGGAGGUGCGGAGGAUGGACAACGAUCACAGAUCGUGGAACGCUCUCUCUCUCUCUCUCCUGAUCGCGAAUACGCAGGCCACGUGUCUUGUAAGGACACGUGUGUCCCUCUUCGUCUUAUCGAUCGUUCCAAACAAGGUCGUGGUCGAAUAACGGAUACACCAUUUUCCUCUUUUUUCCCCAACAGAAAGUUGAAUUCGCCUCCCGUCACUUCCCUGGAUCGCUCGCUCGCUCCAUCGAUCGCAAGACCGCACAAGACCCCGACGGCCUUGAUCUAACCUGGCCACGUGGACUCCUAGCGGCCGGGAACGGGGCACGCAAUGCGUGCGGGACUGUGCGUCUCUUCUCUUUUCCUCGCUCUACUGCUAGCCUAUUCCAUGGGCCUCGCGGUGCUCCUCAUGUGGACUCAGGGUGCGUUCUCGCCCUCGCGUCGCUGGGCGAACAAAGACGCGGCGGCUGCGGUGGCCGGCGCCGCGUUCCUGCUCGACCCGUGCGAGUCCGCGAGUCCGCGGCGUUCGAACGCCACGGCCGCGUGGUACCGGACUCAGCAGCUACUCGCCCGGGGGUGGUCGCCCUCUGCGUCAUCAUCAUCAUCAUCACCACUAGCGGCAGCGGCAGCACCAGCAGGAACAGCUUUACACCCAAUGCCACCGCCACUAUCACCACGAGCACCGACAGAAGCUGCAGCGCCGCGUGCAGUCCGCCACGUGUACAUCCACACCACGUGGAGGUCUGGCUCCUCGUUCGUGGGGGAGCUCCUGAACCAGCACCCGGCCGUCUUCUACAUGUUCGAGCCGCUGUGGCACCUGUGGAGGGCCUUCCCAGACCGCGGGGCCCUCGAGCUCCAGCCCAAGGCCGUCGAGUUGCUCCGAGACCUCUUCCAGUGUCGCCUCUCUCGGGCGUUCUCGCCGCUCAUCCACGGUCGCGACGACGCGCGACUCCUCUUCGGAUGGCAGCGCAACAAGGUCAUGUGCUCGCAAGCGCUCUGCCCCAUGCCCACCAGCGGCGGCAGCGGCGGCAGCAGGCACGGGGCUGUGCCCAGGAGCGGCGCCGCGUGCGGGCGCCGCUGUCCCCGCGUGUCGCUGCGCCAGCUGGAGGAGCAGUGCCGCCGCUUCGGCGUCGUGGCCGUCAAAGACGUGCGGCUGCUGGAGCUGCACGCACUGAGGCCGCUGCUGCUGGAGGAGCAGGACGCGGGGGGCGAGGAGGAUGGCGGCGUGCUGGACGUGCGCGUGGUGCACCUCCUGCGCGAUCCGCGCGCCGUCGCCGCCUCGCGCCAGCGCGUGCGGCGCGCGCUCGCCCGGGACAGCGCGCAGCUGGCGCGCUCCCUGCUGCUCCCGCGGCGCUACAACGCCACCACCAGCACCGUCGUCGUAGCUGCCGCUGCUGCUGCUGGUGGUGGUGCUGGGGUUGGUGCAGGAGCUGCCGGUGCUGCUGAUCCAUUUGCUGCUGUUGGUGGUGCUGCUGAUGAUAACUUUGCUGGUGUUGGCGCUGCUGGAGCUGCUGGUGAAGAUAAUUUCGCUGGUCUUGACGGUGAUGUUGCUGCUGCUCGUGCUGCUGCUGGUGGUGGUGGUAACCAUCACUAUGCGCGCCCUGCACAGCAGCAGCAGAAGGUGCCAUACCAGAAUCCACCACCACUUUCUCGCGUGGACUUCACGGGGAAUCUCAUGGAGGUUCUGUGCAGGAGCUCUGCUCAGGGAGUGCAACAGGGAAUCCUGGAACCCUGGCUACGGCACAGGUACCUGCUGCUGCGAUACGAAGACUUCCUGACGGACCCUGAGCGCUCCCUCUCCUCCCUCUACACCUUCGCCGGCCUCCCUCCCAGCCCCGACGCCUCGGCGCUGCUCAACGCGCUGGUGGAGGCGCCCUCCCCGAAGGGCGACGGCCCCGAGGUUCGACUCCCGUCCCGGGCGCGGCCCCGUCCCGCGUUCGCCGUGAGCCCGAGGGACGCCAACGUGAGUCUGAGCGGCUGGAGGAGGACGCUAAGCGCCGAGAGGGUGCGCGUCGUCCAGGCGCUGUGUCGUGAGGUCAUGAGCGUCGUGGGAUACCCGCUCAGCUGUCCGGCGUCCCGGGGCAACUUCCUCUGGAUCUGAACAAGGACGACCCGUGGGGUGGGAGCCACCGUCACGCCACACUCCAAACUCCGGACAUCCUCGCAGCAGCAGCAGCGGCGGCGGCGGCGGCGUUUGGCUGCCCGUCGAACAAAGACGGCGGUCAUCGCAUCG